CCAUUUAAGCUCUUGUCAACAGCUCCCCGCGAUUCUUGAUCUUCGCCUCGCGACUAAAGCUGUGAAUGUCAACCAGCUUUCAGAUUCUUGGGCUAUUUGCUGUUAUUGAGGUCCUGCUGUGUCAAUAUCAAGCAAAGGAGGGGACCAUAAGAAUUCAAGCUUCCCCGCUACAAUUCCUACAGCUCUCCAGGACCAACAGCGCAAAAUCCCAACCCUCUUCAAUCAACCAUCAAGAUGGACGACCUCCUUUCUAAACUCCUCAUGUUCCCACCGCAUCCUCCACCAGCCAAACCGCUGUCUGAUCACGCAUACGAUGAGGGUAUCAAAGAGCAGAUCGAAGUUGUGGGCAAGAUGUCGGAAACAAAGCUACUGCAACAGACAUCUGGUGGUGAACAUGCUUUAGAUGUUAUCAAUCCAUCUCUCAAUACUAUACCAUACGCUUGCAUCCUCCUCGCGAACAUUUCGGCUUUAAAGAAAGGAAAUAAUAAGGGUGUGGAAAUCGACACGUUAUGGGAGAAGAUGAUAGGGUUUCUAAGUGCCUUUGAUUCAAGACAAAUCAGAUACAUUGGCGACGAACUGUCAGCGAUUAUCGAAGCUGUGGCGGCAACCGCAUUCUCUACCCGACAGGCCCACCUUGCUGUCGGUCCUAUUGCAAGCGCUCUGAUGCGUCUCGAUCCUACAGGCACUAUGCUCACCACACACCAUCUAGAUUUGGCAAGAUUGGCUUUAGAUUCGAGGAAUUUCGCUGAUGCCGCCCCUGUCUUGAACAAGUCUAUACUCUACGUACCGGGAGCUUCUACUAUCACGAAGCCAAGGUACAUCUGUGAUAUGACUCUGAGUCCCGUCUCAUUCAUCACACUCCAAUCGAAGCUCACAAAAAAGCUCAAGUACCUGGAGAUCCUAGAAUACUUCUUGUAUAGCGGAAUGGUCUUUAUCGGUAUGCGAGAUUGGGAAAGCGCACUACAAUGCCUCGAGAACGCAGUCACAUACCCCGCCAAAGAAACGAGCGUGAGUAAGGUCAUGGUGGAAGCCUACAAGAAAUGGAUCCUUGUUGGUGUCCUGUUGGAAGGUAGAUUGCUUCCACUCCCAAAGUCGACAAGUAGUGGAGCAGCCAAAUGUUACCAUGUCAUGGCGAAGCCGUACGAGACGAUGGCACAAAUAUUCGAGAACGGGACCGCUUCUCGCUUGAAGGCUGAGGCUGACACUGCCACUAACAUCUGGAGAGCUGACUUCAAUACUGGGCUUAUACUUCAUCUCCUUGCUGCUUUCCAGAAAUUCCAAAUUCGAAGUCUUGCCAAAGUCUACACCAAGAUCACUAUUCCGGAAAUCGUCAGCCAAACGACCAGUGCAGAGACUGGCACCAAGCUUCCCAAUCCCCAAGCAGCCGAAUUACUCAUUCAAAACAUGAUCGCUACUGGUGAGCUACACGCUACUAUGAGUCCGCCUACUGGCGGUCCCUCGAUCCUCACCUUCUCGCCAACAGGCCAGGCCCUCACUGAGCCUCAGAUGCAGAGAGAGCUUGUACUAACAUCGGAACGCAUCGUGUCAUUGACCAAGGAGAUCAAGCAGACAGACCGAAUUCUGACCCACGACAAGGGGUACAUCAAGUACGUGCAGAAGCAAAGCAAGAAUGCCAAGACAUCUGGAGCUACCGGCGAUCAAGGCAUCUCAGGUCCGGAUAUGGAUUGGAAUGAUGCAUUGGAAGACGAGGAUAUCAUGGGUCCUAUGUAUUGAACAGCUUCCCAAAGGACCGAUUUACCUCAACCAACUGAUAUGCAUGGCUGGCAUAUCAAUGAACGAAAUGAUGGAUGAAGAAACGCAUUAUAAAUGAACGGCAGGAGGCCAACAGCGAGAAGUUGGAGGUCUUUGCUAGGCUUGCUAUGAGCGUGGUACUAUCUGUUUCUCAGUUGAGAAACGCGGCGUACUGCAUGGCUUGGCUGCAUCAUGGAAAAUGGCGCAUCGUCUAGCGAUUUGGUAGAAGAGAAGAAAGAAUUUUGCUGGGCGACAGCACAACUUAAUUCCAAUAGAAAUCAAUGAGAACAUCUAUCUGCCAG